ACCGACCUCAUUAAAAGUUGCAAAAAAAUGAACCCAGAUCCGAAUUUCGACAUCAAUGACUUCAUUGAGCGCAGUGCCAAGCGUGGCAGUGGCUUCGAAGCGGGCGGUCCGCCAUCCAUGGAGCAAUUUUUGGAGAUGUUGGACAAUGUCAAGGACAUGAGUGAGGCGGAAAAGGACGAAUUGAAGAAAGAUUUGAUCAUGAGAGCACUUCGGGCGUCGCAAAUGAACGAAGGCGGAGGCGAUCCGACGAAAUUAGUGGCAGGCCCGCGGGAAUAUAUGGUCUUUGCGUGCAUGAUUUUCCUACUUGUGGCAGUUUUUGCCCUUUUCGGUUACAAAUUGUACAAAUCUCUCAUGGAAAAGGAGCAAAAGAGAUUGCAAAAGCAACAAAUGAAGGCACAAAAGAAGAAGAAAUGAUCGAAGAACGGACCGGCACACUCGAAACGCAUUUCAAAAUAAAUCAAAAUUCACUUCCGUUUGACAAAAAGCAGCAAACAGCACAAUUUUAACGUAGAUUUUAUCUAAAAAAUAGAAGAAAAUGUCCUAAAAUGUUGUGAACAUUCCGUUUUAAAAGAAAAAAUAUUUAUUGCAAUUUUUUUUAUUUUUUGUUUCGUAGACGAUAACAAUAGAGAGACUUUAAAAAAAUAUGAUAUUUGAAAAAAAAAUCAAAAGAUGUAUAAAAAUUAAUAUAAAAAAAUAUAUAUUUUAUUUUUGUAAAAAAAAAAAUCAGAUGAAUGAAGACGUUUAUAAUGUGUUAUAAUAAAAAAAAUAAAGAUUUAAG